AUGGCCAAACGCACGCUCGACGCAUUCUUCAGACCAUCAAGCGCAGCUCCGAAACGUCCUAAGACCGAACCCAUCGAAUCUAACACCGCAACCGCAAUCUCACCCCCAGAGCCAAACGAUACCUCAAUCGAAGACACCAACCCACCAAGCCAACACCCGAGCUACCCAAUCCCAAUCGCCCAACUCCCCUCCCACAUCGAAGUAGGCUUAGAACACGCAACGCCAGCAAUCGCACCCCGCGAAAUCAGCAACCGACCACACCUCGACCUCCUUCACUUUCAGCCAUACAUCCCGCGCCCAACAGCAAACGAGCUAUUCGAAUUCCUCCGUCGCGAACUCCCCUUCUACCGCGUCCAAUACACAGCACGCCGCGGCGACACCAAAACGCAAAUCAACACACCGCGAUGGACAACAGUCUUCGGAGUCGAUGAGACGUCGACAUUCAUUCAAGAACAAGGCGACGACCCCAGCAGCCUCGUUCUAGUAGAAACAAAGACCAAAACCCCAACCCCGAAAACAAAAUACCAGUGCACGCCGCGCCCAAUCCCAGCUUGUCUCGAUUUCCUACGGAGACAAGUCGAAGCCGCGAAUGCGACCGCAAACGCGGAUAAUAAAAACCCUGGCUACAAUUUCUGCCUGGUAAAUUACUACGCCAGCGGAGACGACAGUAUCGCGUACCACUCCGAUGACGAGCGCUUCCUCGGAUCCGAGCCGAAUAUCGCCUCGCUCUCGCUGGGCGGCGAGCGGGAUUUUCUAAUGAAGCAUAAGCCUUUCGUAUCCGGGGAAAUUGUGGACCGGACGGCCGGUGAAUGCGUGCUUAGUGCUGCGCGCGCAAUGUCCGGGCCUGGUAGUACCAGUGCGACGUGGCGGAGUUGCACGGAUUCGGUUGGGACGUUGAAUACCGUCUCAUCUCCCGGUUCUAGGCCUGCUGCUACGGUGCCACUGCAGCAGAUCAAGAUCAGUCUUGGGUCAGGCGAUAUGGUUGUUAUGCGCGGGGCGACACAGUCGAAUUGGUUGCAUAGUAUUCCUAAGCGGAAGGGGAAGGCUUGGGAGGCGACGAGAGGACGGAUUAACGUCACCUUUCGGCGGGCUGUUGUUCCUGGCGGGACGAAUAAUUAUUAUCACUAUAAUGUCGGUAGUGGGGGGAUGUAUCGGUGGGAUGAGGUCGCCAGGGAGAUGGUUCUCCGGGAUAACAAUGUAUAG